AAGCAGUUUGACUGCCGAAUGGCAGAGAGAGAGAGAGAGAGAGUUCAUGAUCACGAAAUCACGAUCCCUUUCCACUGAAACAAACAAACUAAAAAAAAAAUCCGUUGCGAGAGAUUCGAUCAUACACAGUUCCUUUCUCCCCCGAUUCCACCCUUUUUUUUGGUUGUGUCUUUUCUGUUCUCGGGAUCUUGACGAAUUCCAUUUCUCCAGCCGAGAAUCAGAAUGGUGGGAGAAACUGUUUAAAAAAAAACAAACCGCGUGAAGUUGGAUUGAGUUCCGGCAGCCAGCCAAUGUCGAGGAGGCCGGGAAAUCCAUCCCGUCGGUACGGUGAUAGCGGCAGCGGCGGCGGCGCUCUUUUCAGUUCCAAGUCCCGCUCCCCUCCCUUCUUGCCCAUUGCGCUCAUCGUCCUCGGAGGAUUGGCCGUUUUCACAUAUAUCCACUCCGGAGGAUUUGGGGCCAAGAAAUCAGCUUCCAUACGCCUUGAAGAUGACAGUUCAUGCACGGGAGAGCUGCACAGGGCGAUGCCAGUACUGCGGAAGGCAUACGGUGACAUAAUGCACAGAGUGAUGCACGUCGGGCCUGAUACUUGUUCAGUGGUUUCCACUUUGCUGAAAGAUGAGGAAACUGAGGCGUGGGGCGUGGAGCCUUACGAUCUGGAGGAUGCGGAUGUGAACUGCCGAGCCCUUGUUAGGAAAGGCUUUGUCCGCGUUGCUGAUAUCAAGUUCCCACUUCCUUACAGGCCCAAAUCGUUCUCCCUUGUGAUUGUAUCAGAGGCACUGGAUUACCUCUCCCCAAAAUACCUCAACAAGACCAUCCCUGAUUUGGCCAGGGUAUCUACUGAGGGCAUUGUGGCCUUUACAGCUAAUAUGAGCGAUAUACAUACAGGGUUUCCAGGCCAGCGCACAAAUAAAGCAGCUGAUGUGUCGAAAUUCGGCAGGGCGGCUAAAAUGAGGAGUGCCUCUUGGUGGAAGCGAUACUUUGGUGUAACAAACGUAGAGAUAAACGAAGCAGCAACCAACAAGUUCGAGCAAGCUGCUGCCAAAAUGUCUUACACCCCAAGUUGCCAAAUCUUCCACCUCAAAGCAUACAGUUGAAUGCUUUAGCAAAUCUAGUUUCGCAGUUCGAUUUUCUCUUAUACUUUAGGUUAUCUUUCUGGAUCGGAAUGGUCAGUGAUUCAGUGGUCAAAAAGUUUUUUGGUAGGAUGAAUUUAAAUGAUCGGGAACUUCUUUACAGCCAUUCUAGAUCCCGUACUCAGACAAUUUCACAUUAUUUGUCGUUUGAUUAACCGAUAUUCAAUCAAGUUUUGAGUAUAGCAUUUAUCCUAAAUGUUGGGACAUAUAUAGUUGGCCGGCGCGGGUCACAUUUUCUUCUCCAGGACCAGGAGGAUGUUAACGUGACCUCUGUCCUUUUACUCCCUAUGGCAUAAAUGACACCUUGGCCAAUUAUUAAGUCCUAUACGAGAGGCUCUUCUUUUGUUUGCCGAGACUUGUGUUCUGU